AUGCGGCGGGCGGGCGGACGGAGGUGGUGGCAGGCGGACCAAGGUGAUCAUCAUAUGACGAGGAUGAUGAAGGCCUUAAAGCGUGUACUCCUUGGACUCGCGCGGCUGGUAGCGCCCGUCGGUGUCACCCGUGAAACGGGCGUCGGCCUCGGGCAGAGACGGGCGAACGCGGCUGUCGUCGGACGCACGGACGCCGUCGCGCGACGCGUCCGUGUGCCGACUGCUUGUUGCGUUCGCGUUGACCGAGUCGUAGUACUCGUGCGACGCCGGCAUCGCGUACAUCGUAUCAAAGUUCUUGGACGACUGGUCGACCGGCGCGUUGGCAAGGUCAUCUUCCUCGCGCUUGCGGCGCUGGAAGAGGAUGAACUGGCGCACCGAGACAACAAUCGAGAAGAGCGCCGCGAGGCCGCCAGCAACCGACACGAGGAUCUUCCAGAGCGCCAUGCCGUCGCACGUGGGCGGCCCCGAGUAGUCGCUGAGGCACUGGCACACGUUGUCGCUGUCAAUGUAGCCGCGGUUGGCGUCGCAUUUGACGGUCGGAACCUUUGUGACACCACUCGAGCUGCCAGCUUGGGACGACGCGCCAUCGGGUUUGGUCGUCGGCGACUUGGACGUCGGCGACGAGUCGCUGCACUUGCCCGUGCCGGCCGUGAUCGUGAUCGACAACUGCGCCGAGAGGGCCGUGCAGUUGCUCGGAUACGUGUCGGCGAGCGGGCCCCAGCCGCGGAAGAGCGUCUCGCCGGGCGUGUCAGAACAAAAGAGGUAGUUGCCCGCAGCAUCUUGCUGGACCGGCGACAGCAUCAUCGUGAGCUGCGGGUGCGGCGCCGACUCGGAGCCCUUGGGGACAUUGACCUUGGUGACCUUGGAGACGCCCGACCAUGCGACCUUUUGCCACGUGCCUUGCUGCUGCGACGACGAGAAGGCCGGCGCGGCAAUCGUGAGCUGCGCAUCGCAGAAGCAGCACCCGGGCGUCUUCUUGUCGCACUGGGCAAACACGGUGGGGUCGUAGCUGGAGGGCCCGAGUUUGGCGAGGCAGACGUGGCAGCACACUUGGGCGUGCACGCAUGCAGCGAGUAG